AUGCAUAUAGAGAAAUUCCCUGAGGGUAUUAGGAAAUAUAUCACUCACCAGACUGAAGUUCUUCCGGAUGGUAACUGUGGAUAUAGAGCCAUAGCUAUGGCAAUGAGAUUUGGUCAUAAUGAAUGGCGUAGGGUACGCAAGGAUUUGUUGCAACAACUACAUGAUAUGUCUUUUGUUUUUAAGAAGUGUAUUCGGGAACAUAAACGAUACAACGAGAUUGAGCGAGCGCUAAAUUAUUUUGAUGAUGGAUUUGCACCAUUCUUUUGUUGGAUGACCAUGCCUGAUAUGGGACAUAUUAUUGCCACACGUUAUAAUGUGGUUUUAAUCCUUCUAAGCAUGCGUCAAUGCCUUACAUUUCUUCCUUUCUCAGUUCAAUCAAGCGAAACCAAGCUAAAUGAGAUUGCCAUUGGUUUUGUUGACGAUGAUCACUAUGUCCAGGUUCAUUUGUCUCCAGAUCAUCCUAUUCCACCAGUUUCUAGAAUGUGGCAUGAACAAAGUGACAUAUGCAAUGUAACACAUUUGUACUCGAGGUACCAAGCACGUGUGGAUGCUUUUCAACAACUUCCGGGAGUGGAGAAUGUAGCUACUACAGAUACCGUCAUCCUAAUGACUGAUGAAAAUGCACCUGUUACAUAA